AAAAGAAGAAGCGCACAGGCAGGCCGACGUCCUGCUCCGCGGGUAGUUAGCUGGUGCUGCUGCCUCGGCGAUGAUUGACAGAGUCAGCAGAGGUUUACACGGUCGGGCAUGUCCGCUUCCCAGCUCGGUUGUCACCGUAACAGAAACAACCGCGGCAUGGCGAGUCAAGAAAGAGCACCGAGUUCUCGGCCCUCGCCCGCAAGAACACCAUGUAUCGGAUUAUUGAGGAUGUUAUUUAUUGCUUUUAUUCACACGACGCGGGCCAAUAAACAAGCAUUCAUCCAGUCAGACACAAUUCUAGAAGUUUUACAUUUUGGUGAGGGGAGUCUUUUACAGGCAGAGUCUGACAUUGAUUUUAGUUUAUAUCAUCAACAAAGCGCGUCGCCCCACCGAGGGAACUGCCGCCCGAUACGGUUUGAACCGCCGAUGUUGGACUUCCACGAGCAGCCCGUUGGAAUGCCCAAAAUGGAGAAAGUUUAUUUACACAACCCAAGCUCAGAAGAAAUUAGUUUAAUAUCAAUAUCAGCAACAACAGCACAUUUUCACGCAUCCUUUUUCCAGAAUAGGAUAAUUCCACCAGGAGGAAACACGUCCUUCGACGUCGUGUUUCUCGCCCGGGUUGUCGGGAAUGUAGAAAACACUUUAUUUAUUAACACGUCACAACACGGAGUGUUUACAUACCAGGUUUUCGGGGUCGGCGUCCCGAACCCCUACAGACUGAGGCCCUUCAUCGGGGCCCGAGUCCCAGUAAACAGCAGCUUCUCCCCUCUGAUAAACAUCCACAACCCCUUCAGUGAGCCGCUGCAGGUCGUUGAGAUGUACUCCAGCGGUGGAGAUCUUCAUCUAGAGCUUCCAACAGGCCAACAAGGAGGCACCGGAAAACUCUGGGAGAUUCCUCCCUUCGAGACGAAGGGCGUGAUGAGGGCCAGCUUCUCGUCCAGAGACGUCGACAACCACACGGCUUUCAUCCGGAUCAAAACCAACGCUCCCAACGAGGACCAGUUCAUCAUCCUCCCGGUGGAGGUGGAGGUCACGUCGGCUCCUGGGAUCUACUCCUCCACGGAGAUGCUGGACUUCGGGACCCUGCGCUCUCAAGAUCGUCCCAAACUGCUGAAUCUGCACCUUUUAAACUCAGGAACAAAAGAUGUUCCUAUAACGAGUGUACGCACGACUCCGUCAAAUGAAGCCGUCACUUUAGAUUUCAAGGCCGUCACGCUGAAAGCCGGAGAAAGCAGAUACACCAAAGUAGCAAGUAUUAGUUUUGAUGCCUCAAAGGCGAGAAGACCAUAUCAGUUCUCUGGCAAGAUAACGGUGAAAGCAAAAGAAAAGAGUUACUCCAAGCUGGAGAUCCCUUACCAGGCAGACGUCUUAGACGGCUACCUGGGCUUCGACCAAACGACCACUCUGUUCCACAUCCGGGACAGCCCCGUGGACCCGGUGGUCCGACCCGUCUUCCUCACCAACGCCUUCAGCUUCGCCAUCCGGAUACACAACGUGUCUCUGCCCGAAGAGGCCAAAACCAUGUUUAACGUGCAGAACCUCAGCGUCCCCCUCCUCAUUCCUCCGCACGAGUCGCGCUACAUCUUCUCCCUCCUCUUCAGGCCGGUCCGACCCUCCAUCCACAUAGACAGCAACAUCCUGCUCAUCACCAACGCCUCCAAGUUCCACCUGCCGGUCCGAGCCUACACCGGCUUCUUAGAGCCUCUGGUCCUGCCUCCCAGUCUGAAGGAGAACCUCCUGGACUUUGGCAUUCGCAGUGCGACCGAAACCAGCAGCAUCACCUUUGUGGUGGUCAACAGUAAUCCCAUCGAGCUGGAGAUCAAGUCCUGGCUGGUGACGGGGGACAGUCUGUCUCUGGAGCUGCUGAGGACGGAGAAGGGAAACUCCACUGUGGCUCUGAGUCGCCUCCGAGAGCUGCAGAACACCUCGGCCUCCCAUCAGAAGACGGUCAUAUUAGCAUCGGGCUACUACGCGGCCUUCAGAGUGACUCUCGUGGCCAAAGCGCUGGAGGGCGCGUACGACGGGGCCGUGCACAUCACCACGGAUUACGAGAUAUUAACCGUCCCGGUGAGAGCGGUCAUCGCCGUGGGAGCGUUACACAGCUCUCCCAAGCACAUCGAUCUGCCAUCGUCAUUUCCCGGCAAAGUGGUCCAUCAGAGCUUCAGCAUCCAGAGCUCCUUCACGCAGAGAGUUCGUCUGCAGCAGAUCCGCUCGCUGACCGAAGACAUCCGCUUCUACUACAAGCGGCUGCGCAACAACAAAGACGAGCUGGAGCCGCGGCGUAAAUCGAAGGUGGCAAAUAUUUAUUUUGAUGCCAGCUUGCAGUGUGGUGAUCACUGUUAUGUGGGGCUGCCAUUUGUGCUUAAAUCUGAGUCGAAGCCGCAUGGGCUGGCGCUGCAGGAGGACAUCUGGGACGCUGACGUGGAUCUCCACGGGAAGCUCCUCAGGCGGUGGAAGGAGCUCAAGGAGCGCUCGGGCCACAACAUUGAAGCCGUCUUCGAGGUCAACACGGACCUCCAGAAGAACGUUCAGGCUAAAAUAACCGCCCACCUGAGCUGGCCCUCGCUGGUCAACUCCUCCCAGAGGAUCCUGUUUCCUCUGACCAACACCAACGGCUCCUCCGAGGAGCAGGUGAUCCUGCAGAACCCCGCGGACGUGCUGGUCUACGUGCAAGUCCUCCCCUUGGCGCUGCUGCCCAACCCCUCCGUGUUCUCUGGAAAGCUGGCUGACAGGCUGCCGUUGGGAAAUUUGUCGAACAUCAACAUCGACGCGAGCACCUUGGAGUUCCAGGUCCACAGGAAUCAGACGUCGGUAAUGAAGAGCAGCUCGGGCUUCGUAGAGGGAUCGACCCGACCUUUUGUCUACAACCUGGUCCUGCUGCCCGGAGAAGUGAAGGCCUUCAGCGUGAGGUUCACGCCCACCAGCAACCACAGCGUCUCGUCGCUCCUCAUCAUCAGAAACAACCUGACUGUGAUCGACGCCAUCGUGCUUCACGGCCGAGGAACCACGGAGAGCCUGCGAGUGGCCGGCAAGCCGCCGGGACACGGCAGCUCGCUGAGGUUCAAGAUGACGGAGGCGCUGCUGAAGGACUGCACCGACAAGAUAAAAGUCAAGGAGCCGAACUUCACGCUGAGGAGGACGUUCAGGGUGGAGAACACGGGCCUGCUGCCCAUCACCAUCCGCUCGGCGGAGAUCAACGGACAAGUCUGUGAGGGAUUCGGAUUUAAAGUCCUCAACUGUCAGGAGUUCUCCCUGAAGCCCAACGCCUCCAAAGACCUCAUCAUACUGUUCACACCCGACUUCACGUCGUCCCGAGUGAUCCGGGAGCUGAAGUUGGUGACGUGCGGCGGCUCUGAGUUUGUGUUCGUGCUGAACGCCUCCCUGCCGUACCACAUGCUGGCUGCCUGUGCGGAGACGCUGCCCCGGCCCAGCUGGGAGCUGGAGCUCUACGUCAUCGUGUCCCUCAUCAUGAGCGCCAUGUUUCUGCUGGUCAUCGCCGCGGCCUGGCUGGAGGCUCAGAGCAUCUGGGAGCCUUUCAAGAGGCGCGUGUGGGUGGAAUCCAGCUCGCCCGUGGAGGCAAUGAGACCCUUCAAUCUCAGGGAAAUCGUGCAGAUUCAUAGUGAUUCAAAGUUGAACGACUACGGCGACGCCCCUCAGAACUCCAGAGGCGGGUACAGCAACGGAGCGGCUCGGAUCGGAGGCCGUCAGGGGAACGGCCGCGCCCUCGCCGACCCGGACAGCCAAGACAAGAGGUCCCGGAUCCCCUUCAGCCGCCCAGCUAUGCAAACCGCUUCCUCUCAGCUGACCAGAGGAGGCGCCGCCUCGGGCCAAGAAGGGCCGCCCGCCGCCUGUCAGCUGACCAACCGGAAGGCUCGGAGUACCAAACCGCCGGAGCCGCAGAGUCAAAGUUUAGCCGGCACGUCGCCGCCGGGAGGCCUCAGCCCCGAGGAGGCCGAGUACGCCAGCCUGGUCGGCGCCAUGGACAACGACCUGGACCGGCCGGACGCGCUGAGCGGCGAGACUCUCCAGGAACAGAGCGCCCAGUCGAUACAAAACAAAGCGUUGGAAUCUAAAGGGAAGCUUCGGGGGAAAACAAAAGCCCAGAAGAAGAAGGAGGAGAAGGAGGAGAAGGAUAAGAAGCCGGCAGCAAAGACUCAGGGAGAAGAGCUGAAGGACAACAUUGCCGACAACGACGACAGCUCCUCCACCACCACGGAGACGUCCAACCCGGACGUGGAGACGAACCUCAGAGAGGAACCAGUAAAAAAGAAAGGAAGGACGGUCACCGUAAAAGAAAAAGAAGAAAUUCCAAAUUUCCUAAUCAAGCCCAAAACCAAGAAACCAGGUCCCCCAAAGAAAGAGAACCCGGCAGAGAAAUCCAGCUCUCUGGAGCUGCCUUAUGUAACGCCGCUGGAGAACAAACAACGCAAUAGCUUCACGUCCAAAGCUCUGCAUCCUCUGAGCAGCAUCCCGAAGAGCCGGCCGCAGCAGAAACCCAGAUUUGACGGGAAGCUGGAGGAAGGCCGCCCCUCCCUGUUGGCCAAGUUGUUGUCCAGCGGCCCGAUGCCCGAGCUCGGCCACAGCAGCAGCUCCGACGGCGAGAAGGACUCCGCCGCUCCCGAGUGGGACGUGCCGCUUUCCAAAAACUGCGUCCAAGCAGACAGUCUGCAGCAGAUCUCCCUCCAGACCAUCAACGCGGACCCCUUCCUGAAGAGGUCCGCCACAGCGGGGGCCUGCACCCCUCCCCCGACCUCCCCCGUCCUCCUGUCCCGGGGCUCCUACAGCAGCGUGCUCAACAGCAACAGUGAAGGGAACCAAAAGAAGGCUCCAGGAAAUAAACUGUCCCCAGCGGUUCCUCUCCCAGGAAAAAACGGGAACCCCACCUUCGCUGCUGUAGCUGCUGGUUAUGACAAAAGCCCAGGUGGCUCCGGUCCGGGUAAAACCGACAAGGCUCUGGCCCACAUGAUGUCUGUGGAGAGCGACGGCUCCGACAGCUCUGGGCUGUGGAGCCCCAUCGACUCGGCCAGUAGUCCGAACUACCAUUCAGCCAACUCCUUCUCUGCUUUUGGACCCAACAGUUCUUUCAACCUGACCAAAGUAUUCAGCGGGAUGAACGUCUCAAAGUCCUCGGAACCUCAGCAGAACUGGGCCGACUUCAGCUCCGCCGCCUCCUCCAUCUGGGACAUGCCGAGCAGCGACUCCCUGCACUCCUGGCCCAGCAGCUCCAGCUCCCCGACGGCCCCGACCGCGUCCCUGCUGGGGGCCGCCCGUAACCCCUGGUCCGCCACGACGCCCUUCAGCAGCUCCAUCUGGUCGACGAGCGCGGAUUCAGCGCUGCACCCGUUUCCCCCGCCGACCACCUCGCCGACGCUGAGCGACCUGGUCUGCGCUCCCGUCCCGUCUUCGCCGCCGGCGGCCGCGACCGAGCUGAGCCGGACCUACAACCCCUGGAACAUGUGGCGGCCGACCCUGAGCCGGCGCAGCUCCGAGCCGUGGCCCAGCUCCUCGGACAACGGCAGUUAAACUGCAGCUCGCGCGCGCUCUGUACGCUAAAUACACAAAGCAUAUAUUUCAUAGCCGGAGGAUUCCAACCGAAAGCGAUGCGUCCUUGUCAAGUGUGAAAAGGGGUUUCGGCAGCAGAGCUGCAGGUUGCUGAGCCGUUUAGUUCUCUGCAGCUUUUUAUUCACGGAGGCAGAAGUGCUAACUUUUUAUUUUGAUUUAUUUUAACAGGUGGCCGUGAAUAAAAAAAAUUUAAAAAGGCUGUUUGCACGGUGUGCUAAUGCCAGCGCAGACAUUUGGCUCCGCGGAUGCACUCCCAUUGGUUCAUGGCCCAGAGUCUCCGAUAUUCAGUGUUAAUGUUGGAACAGACGUCUGAUUUUAAGCCAUGUGUCGUUUGUCAUUUCGGUUUCUUGUUUUUUUUAAAGUUGGUUUGAAAAAGUCAUUUUAUUUGGCCUCUGAAGUGUAAACUGAGUCAUCGACGUUUUAAAAAAACAACCAAGCCCUCAGUGAGAAAACAUUGGUCAUCAACACUUUUUGGUUUGUACUCGACAGCUCCUCCAUUUGUCAGCAAAUUUAAAUAAAGGUUUUCAGCAGAACA